ACGCAUUAAAUAAAAAGAGAAAAAAUGUUUUUUUUUUUAAAUAUUAUCAUUUGCUUAAGAAUAAAGUUUUUAAAAAAAGAAUCAAUAUUUUUUUUAUAAUAAAAAUAAAUAAUAUGAUAAUCAAUGUAACAACAAACCAAUUGCUAUUGUAGAACCUUAUAGCCCACGUGAGGACAUGAGUGAGGAAGAACUACAACAACAACAAGUACGAGAACAAGAACAAGUAAUACAGCGGCGAAUAAGAAAUCUUUUUCAACCGAUUGCACCACCACCGCCAGAGGAAGAUGAAGAUGAAGAUGAAUUGAUUGAAAGAAAUAAUUAUGAAUUGAAUUUACCUGUAGUUUUACUAUCAAUCGAAUCGACCUGUAUAGGUUGUUGCCAAUGCUUUGCUCCGUUGAGACCGCGAAAACCUUGUUGUUUUCGUCGUAUGCAAGGAGCUUGCAUAGGUUGUUGUAUUUGCACAUUCAACACGAUGCAGGCGAUUCGAGAUGCGAUGAUGGAAAAGAGAGAGACAUAAAGAAGAAUUUGGUUAAAUUAGGCGAUGGAAUAUCAAGAUUGAUAUUUUUUAUUUGUAUAAAUAAUUUUGUGUAAAUAAUUUUGAAAAAAUUUUUUGAUGUAUUUUUUUUAAUAUUGUAUUAGGUUGACCGGAAAGUAAUGUCGUUUUAGCGCAUGUUGUAUUCGAUAAUCGUUGGCCAGUUUAUCUCGAACACGUGCACAGGUUAUUUUUAUAUUAGUGUGACUUGUUUACUUUUAAAUUAUUUAAAAUUAAAUAGUUUUCUUUGCAAAUUGGAGUGAAAUGGCAUACGAAAUACAGGAAGUACAUAUUCGUCAUUGUAUGCUUUUUGAAUUUCGCAAGGGUAAUAACGCUACAGUUGCGACUAAGAACAUUAGUGAUGUUUACCCAGGUUCAUUAGAUGUUCGCAAAUGCCAAAGAUGGUUUUCCAAGUUUAGAUCUGGGAAUUUUGAUCUUUUUGACGCCCAUCGACCAGGAAGACCAAUGUCAUUAGACAACGACGUUCUAAGGGCAGAAGUUGAAGCAAAUCUAUGCCAAACCUUCGAUUGUCGAACACCCUUAACCAACCUUGGUCGACCAUCCAAGAACAUUUACACCAGAUAGGAAAAAUCAGCAGAGCAGGUGUUUGGGUCCCCCAUAACUUGUCAGUGCAAAACAAAGCCAACAGAUCAA